UUCCCGCACAGAGAGACCUAGGGGUUGUGAUGAGACUGAAUUAGUUUUGGCGUGUUUUCUACUAUUAUUUUGAUUGCAAGUGCUCUCAAUUUUCUGUAAAAUAUACUGUACUUGUGAAUUAAUCAAGAUGCUGGCUGUGCAUUUGCUCUCGUUUUACUUCUCCAAACUGCAGGAGGACCAGAUAAAAAAGGUGGACAGGUUCCUGUACGCCAUGCGUCUCUCCGAUGAGCAGCUCCAGGACAUUUCAGGUCGUUUCCGGGCAGAAAUGGUGAAGGGUCUGUCUGCAGAAAGCAAUGAGACAGCCACAGUGAAGAUGCUGCCCACCCAUGUCCUCUCCACCCCGGAUGGAUCAGAGAAAGGGGAGUUCCUGGCACUGGACCUUGGGGGCUCCAGGUUCAAGGUGCUGCAGGUAAAGGUGUCAGAAGAUGGGAAGAGGAAGGUAGAAAUGAAGAGCCACACCUACCCCAUCCCUGAUGCAGUUAUCAACGGCAGAGGCACAGAUCUCUUCAGUCAUGUUGCAGAGUCCCUGAAAGAUUUCAUGGAGCAGAAUCACAUCAAUAGCAGGAAAUCACCCCUGGGCUUCACCUUCUCCUUCCCUUGCAGGCAGUCCAAACUGGACGAGGGAGUACUUCUGUCAUGGUCCAAGAAUUACAAGGCCAGAGGAGUCCAGGGGAUGGAUGUGGUGGAAAGCUUAAGGCAGGCUAUCAACAGAACUGGGGGGAUGGAUGUGGAAGUCCUGGCUCUUGUCAACGACACAGUGGGGACCAUGAUGACCUGUGGGUAUGAUGACCAGCGCUGUAUGGUUGGAGUCAUUGUAGGUACCGGUACGAAUGCCUGCUACAUGGAGGAGCUGAGACACAUCGACCUGGUGGAGGGAGAUGAAGGUAGGAUGUGCAUCAACACGGAGUGGGGAGCCUUUGGGGAUGACGGCGUGCUCAACGACUUCAUCACAGAGUUUGACCGAGAGAUUGAUGCAGCUUCCAGCAACCCUGGGAAUCAGUUGUUUGAGAAAAUGGUCAGCGGGCUGUACAUGGGAGAGCUGGUGCGGAUCAUUCUGCUGAAGAUGACCAAGAAGGGUUUACUCUUUAAAGGCCAAGUUUCAGACGCCCUUCGGACCAAAGGCAAAUUCCAGACUAAUCACGUUGUUUUAAUAGAAAAGAAUAAGGAUGGUCUCAGGAACACAAAGGAGAUUCUGGUGGAUUUGGAUCUCAACCCCUCGGAGGAAGACUGCAUCGCUGUCCAGCACGUUUGCACCAUCGUCUCCUUCCGCUCAGCAAACCUCUGUGCUGCAGCCUUGGCAGCCAUCCUGACCCGGAUUCGGCAGAACCGCAAGCUGAAGAGCCUCAGGACCACGGUCGGCAUGGAUGGGACCGUUUACCGGACUCAUCCUCAGUACCCCAAACGGCUCCACAAGGUGGUGCGGAGGCUGGUGCCCGACUGCCACGUGCGCUUUGUUCUAUCGGAGAGCGGAAGCGGGAAGGGUGCUGCCAUGGUAACGGCGGUUGCCCAGAGGCUGGUUAUUCAGCGACAGCAGAUCAGUGAAACACUGGCUGCCUUCAAGCUGAGCCUGGAGCAGCUACAGGAGGUGCGGGACAAGAUGAGGAUCGAGAUGGAGAGGGGCUUGAGGAAGGACUCCCACAGCACAGCAUCUGUAAAGAUGCUGCCCUCUUAUGUCUAUAACAUGCCUGAUGGGACAGAGACAGGAAAGUACCUGGCUUUAGAUUUGGGUGGAACCAACUUCCGAGUGCUUGUGGUGAAGAUUCGAACCGGCCUUCGCAAAUCAGUGCGCAUGUACAACAAGAUCUACGCAAUUCCUCUGGAGAUCAUGCAGGGAACUGGAGAGGAGCUGUUUGAUCACAUUGUGCAGUGCAUCUCAGAUUUCCUGGAUUACAUGGGAAUGAAGAACACCCGCCUUCCUCUUGGAUUCACCUUUUCCUUCCCCUGCAGACAGACUGGAAUUGAUAAGGGAAGUCUGGUAUGCUGGACAAAAGGAUUCAAAGCCACAGAUUGUGAAGGAAAUGAUGUCGUGGACAUGCUGAGAGAGGCCAUCAAAAGAAGAAAUGAAUUUGAUCUGGAUAUUGUUGCCAUAGUCAAUGACACUGUGGGUACAAUGAUGACAUGUGCCUAUGAAGACCCUCAAUGUGAGAUUGGACUCAUCGCAGGCACUGGCAGUAAUCUGUGUUACAUGGAGGACAUGCAAAACAUUGAGAUGGUGGAGGAGGAUGAGGGCCAGAUGUGUGUGAACACAGAGUGGGGAGGAUUCGGAGAGAAUGACUGCAUAGAGGACAUCCGGACAAAGUUUGACAGGGAGGUGGAUGAGGGGUCUCUCAACAUCGGCAAGCAGAGGUUUGAGAAGAUGAUGAGUGGAAUGUACCUGGGGGAGAUUGUGCGGCAGAUCCUCAUCGACCUGACGAGGCGUGGCUUACUCUUCCGUGGGCACAUCACAGAGCCGCUGAAGACCCGUGGUAUUUUUGAGACAAAGUUUCUGUCCCAGAUAGAGAGUGACCGUCUGGCACUGCUGCAGGUGAGGUCCAUCCUGCAGCAGCUGGGUCUGGACAGCACCUGUGACGACAGUAUAAUCGUGAAGCAGGUGUGUGGCACCGUGUCUCGCCGCGCCGCCCAGCUCUGUGGGGCUGGUAUGGCCGCCGUCGUCGAAAAGAUCCGUGAGAACCGCGGGCUGGACCACCUGGACAUCACCGUGGGGGUGGAUGGCACACUGUAUAAACUGCACCCACACUUCUCUCGGAUCCUGAAAGAGACGGUUCGGCUGCUGGCCCCCAAGUGUGAUGUCACAUUCGUCCUGUCGGAGGAUGGGAGCGGAAAGGGCGCGGCCCUCAUCACUGCCGUGGCACAGCGGAGGUACGCAGAGAUGUAAGAUCUGGCUGUGGCUUCCUCUGCCUCCUCACAACACGGAAUCCGGAAGUGAGCAGAGAAGCUGAUGCUGUGAAAUGAUUUGCCAUCGACAAGGAGACAUGAAUCUCAUUCAGCUAUACUAAUGUUGAAGGCUACAGUGUUAAGAUUCAAUUUGUGAAAUUGCUGUAAACUUAUUAUUUUCAGAUUUAUCACACGUACAGAAGGUGUACUAAAGGAAUCAUACAUCAUGUUUGUGUGUUAGUACGACUGGAUAUAUUUAGAAGGAAGUAGAUUUAUUUUUUUGUUUGCAUGUAUAUAUUUGUACACAGUAAAGAUAAGUUUAAAGAUGUGACAGGGUGUGUCUGAUUCUUUGUAAGGUUGGGGACAGGUUUAGUACUGAUUAUCCAACUGCCUCCAGCUGCGUCAUAAAUGUUUAAUAACACAUUUCAUGUUUACAAAACAUAUUAUUUCUAAUUCAUCUGAAUGAGAAAAACAACUUGUUUGACCUUUUUCCAGUUCUUGGACAUGACUUAGACCUAUUAGAUAUUUUGCUCAUUUCUACUCCAACCUAUUUUUCACAAUAAAUGCCUUAAACCA